UCUCGAAGGCGUCGCUAGGAGCAGCAGGAAGGAGACUUGCGCGCGCAGAGCCCUUCGCCGAGGCCUGACGAAACCGAGAACGGCCCUCCGCGCGCGAGGCCAAGAUGUCCGAAGACCUCGCAAAACAAUUAGCUAGCUAUAAAGCUCAGCUCCAACAAGUUGAAGCUGCUUUAACUGGAAAUGGAGAUAAUGAGGAUUUACUAAAAUUAAAGAAAGACUUACAGGAAGUUAUAGAAUUAACCAAAGACCUCCUUUCAACACAACCUUCAGAAACUCUUACAAGUUCUGAUAGUUCUGCUUCUACUCUGCCUAUUCACACUUGGAAGGUUGGAGACAGAUGUAUGGCAAUAUGGAGUGAAGAUGGACAGUGUUAUGAAGCUGAAAUUGAAGAGAUAGAUGAAGAAAAUGGCACAGCUGCAGUCACCUUUGCGGGAUAUGGCAAUGCUGAAGUCACACCCCUGUUGAACCUGAAACCUGUGGAAGAAGGAAGGAAAGCAAAGGAAGACAGUGGCAACAAACCCAUGUCUAAGAAAGAAAUGAUUGCUCAGCAACGUGAAUAUAAAAAGAAGAAAGCUUUGAAAAAGGCUCAGCGAAUCAAAGAACUGGAGCAGGAGCGAGAGGAUCAGAAAGUCAAAUGGCAGCAGUUCAACAACAGAGCCUAUUCAAAAAACAAAAAGGGCCAGGUAAAACGGAGCAUCUUUGCUUCUCCUGAGAGUGUAACAGGGAAGGUUGGAGUUGGAACAUGUGGAAUUGCAGACAAACCCAUGACGCAGUACCAAGAUACAUCCAAGUACAAUGUCAGACAUUUAAUGCCUCAGUAAUAGAGGGGGAAAUGGCUAAGCGUCACCUCUGCAGGGCUUUACAUUUAUCUUUUUAUUGUUAUAUUUUUCUAAAAGUAAACUAUUGGUGCAUAGUGAAAAUGGUUGUAACCAUCACUUGGCUUAUGCUGGUACAAGCCUUAAGUAAAACAAUAGCUGUUGAGAUGAUCCCCUUCCUGUUACAGAACUUACUUAGCAUAAAUAUACAUAAGUCAAAUGUUUGUUUGAGAAAUUCCCUUUGCAGAGCUCUAGAAUGUUUUCACAGGCAUUUAGUGAGGCUAUUGUCAGAACCAACAAUUGUAUAAUAAAAUUGUUGCCCCAGCUUUCUUGCUCCUGCCAAUGUGCUUUCAGUCUCUUGUCUUGCUGCAUGGACAAAUGUGGGGUGCUGUUUAUAGAGUUGCUCAAGCUGUAAGAGAUUUACUCGGAUUUCAUCCUAGUUCGAAUGUAAGGUCAAAUGUUAAUUGAGCACAGCCCACAUCUGCUUCCAUGGUUUGCACAGUUGUAAUGAUCUGGGCCAAAGACUCUCCUGUUAGUGAUGAUUCAUGAGCCAGAAAUAAUGCAGUUUGAAAUUCAGAUAUACAGGAAAUAUACAGGGCAGGAGAAGUUAGGGCAAUCUUUCUUCCUUAUGAACAGAAUAUUUUAGAUACGAAAUCUGCAGGGUCUAGCUAUAGGAUGAAUUAGAUUUCUCUAGUCACCUUCCAGAGUAAAUUUUUAAAAUAUUAAGUACUGAGAGAGUUAAAUGAUAAAUUUGGAAGUAGUUAUUUCUGCCGGAGAACUAAUUAAGUUCUUUGAUACAUUUGUGGUAUUAAUAAUGUCCAGCAAGUUUGCUACCAUUCUGCUGAAUCAGCUUUUUGGCUUAUCCAACUAUUUAAAUGCAGCAGGAAGUUUUUCAGAAGGAAUGUCUAACUUCAGCUACAUUAGCAUUGCUGGGCUACAUUGAUUUUAUUUGAGAAACUGUAUGUAAAAGUUCUGGCCUUUUUGUAUCUUGCAGAUGCAGUUGCUUUCUUCUGCCAUAUGGUAGUAGUGCCAUCUCUCAAUUCUAAAAUGUGUUCGAAGCAAAAAGUUAAUGUAUAGCCCUGUAUACAGUGUAGAUAAUUAUUUUUGUAAAAUAAGGGGUUAAGUUAAUGAACAAGAUUGAAUUUAGUUAUUUCUCUUACUGAAUAAUUCAAUGGUAUUGCUCAUUAAUAUGGACUCCAUUCCCCGUGUAUAUUAUGUUGUUGUAGUUCCCUUUUGUAAUUCGUUUGCUGAACUAAAAUAAGAUCAGGUACCAUCAGCAUUUGUUGAUGCACUGAUUGGUGAAAAUGUCUGUCAGCUUGCCUGAUUUGAAAAUCCAUAUUUAGUAGGUUAGAAUCCAUCCAUUGAGAGGUUCUUCCUGUUAAGAGGAGGAGGAGGAGGUGAAUUUUUAUUACUGUGUUGAUUUCAGUUUUGUAUGUUUAACUUUUAUUAAAAUAAAGUGUUUAAAAUCUCUUGA